UGACCUGACGCCCCGCCUAGAAAUUACAACGCAAGCAAUAAUUCAAUCAGACUCGGCUUAACCGACCUCUCUCCAUGUUUACCAAACACACCUACCCUUAUCAUGUUGCAUGACGACCUUAUCCCACCUAGGUGUCCCUCCGAUAUAGUAAUUAUGAUUAAAAGCAAUUUCCACUCGAGUAUGAACACAAACAGGGAAAAAAAAACAUUUUCAAAACAAUUGCCGAUAGUCACAUAGUGCUAAUCGCAAUGGGCAGUUGUGUCGACACAGUUACUAAUAUGUAUAAUCUGGUUUAUUUGGUGAUUCUGGCGACCUGGCUCCAAUGCGGAAUUUGCAGGGACGAAGACAAGAUCAUGAAAGCUUGCUACUGGCCGAACGAGGCAUAUGAGCCGUGUUUCGGCGGGUGUGCGGAGGUGUCGUGCGACAACCCGCGCAACCACCUGCGACCCUGCUACCCCUAUUGCGAGCCGGGAUGCAUAUGCGAGGAGCCCUACGUCAGAGACGACCGCACACACCAGUGUGUUCUGCCCCAGGAUUGUUCACCAACGCAAAUGGGUAUACCGGUUCCAGCCAAAAGAGCUCAGGAGCCAAAACAACCGCCAGCUAAAUACCAGAACAGAAUGCCUCGCACUCACACCAAGCGCUCGGACUCAGACACGAUGGACUUCGUUGACGACGUGCCGAACUCUCUGGGCAGUCCCCCCGCCCCAAUCAGCGUCAGCACCAGUGUGAACGCGAAGCAAGACGACAACUUCAAGCGCAACAACGAGGUGUCCCGCAUGGGCAACUACUUCAACAUCGUCAUAGCCCCGCCGCCCAUCAAAGCCCUGCAACCCAGGAAACUACUGCAGAAUGACAACUUCAGAAACGGCGCCAAACGAAUUAGCUAA